UCAUGCAAGUGAAAAACUUCAAGCCAAAUUCCAAAAUUUCAAUCACAAUAACUCCAUUUACAUACUGGGGUAAAGGUGACUCGACAACACAGCUGCUCCUUACACCUUCUAGAGCAGACACUCCCUUCUGCAGUAAGUGUGCAGAUGAUCACACUGAGUGCUAUCAUAAGUGUUCUAGCAGUGCUCAUCAUCAUCGUUGGAGUCAUCAUUUAUUCUAGACACCGACGAAAUAAAGCACCCGAGACAAACAGCCAGACGAGUCUGUACUCUCGGGACAAAGAACUGGAAGAUAUCAGGGAUUUGGUGGGGCUGGGAAACGCCUGCUAUGCUAUCAGUCUGCUGCCGAUGCACCAGGAGCUGGAAUCUUUGCCUGUGUUUCCACGCGAGUGUCUGAAGCUGCAGAAGCUGUUGGGCAGCGGAGCUUUUGGGGAGGUUUAUGAGGGAGUUACUGUCAGAGACCACAACAGUGACACCGUACCUGAGCAGAGAGUGGCUGUCAAGACGCUGCGCAAAGGUGCCAGCAACCAGGAGAAAAUAGAAUUUCUGAAAGAGGCUCAUUUGAUGAGUCAGUUUAACCACCCAAACAUCCUGUGUCUGCUGGGUGUGUGUGUGCGGAACGAGCCUCAUUACAUCAUCCUGGAGCUGAUGGAGGGGGGGGACCUGCGCUCGUAUCUGAGGGGAGCUCGGCCCACCAACAAUCGUGGACAACUUCUGAACCUGACCGGCCUUCUGGACAUCAGUUUAGAUGUGGCCAAGGGGUGUGUUUAUUUGGAGAAGCUCCAUUUUGUUCACAGAGAUCUUGCCGCCAGGAACUGCCUGGUUUCAGUGAGAGGAUAUGCAGAUCCCGAUCGAGUGGUUAAGAUAGGAGACUUCGGUUUGGCGCGUGACGUCUAUAAGAGCGAUUACUACAGAAAGAGGGGAGAAGGCCUGCUGCCUGUACGCUGGAUGCCCCCGGAGAGUCUGACAGACGGCAUUUUCAAUAAACAUUCUGAUGUAUGGGCGUUCGGAGUGCUUCUGUGGGAAAUCAUGACAUUAGGGAAGCAGCCGUAUCCUGCUUUCUCCAACCAGGAGGUUCUACACCACGUUAACACAGGAGGACGAUUACCAGCACCUGCUGAGUGUCCGCAGAGUCUGUAUAAGGUGAUGCUGGAGUGUUGGAGGAAGGAGCCCGGAGAGAGGCCGAGCUUCCGCAGUCUUCAUCUGUCUCUGGUUAAGUUGAGAGAGAUGGAAACAUUAAGUGAGGAUGGAAAAACAGGCCAUGUAAACGAGGCCUACACAGAAGAUGAAGAGGAGGAAUGUAGAGGUGUGGAUGCAGAUGAGGGUUUGGGUUCAGGACUGACUCACGUGCUCAGCAACGAGGGCCUGAACUACCUCAUGUAUCAGGCAGAUGGAGGAGAAAACACAACCAGCAGCAGCAGCAGCAGUCCAUCAGAUCACUCCUCACCUGCAGAAGAUAGAUGAGAAAAGGACAACGCAUAUGAAAACUGACUGGAUCUGUACUUAAUAAAUAGUACAGCAACUGAUUAUUUUGUUUAAUAGGUGUUUAUACUUGACACUCAUCUGAGACUGUGGCCCCAUUUGCAGUGGGGCUCUGCACACAGCGCACCACGUCUAACAGCUCUGACAGCACAUCGUUAAACUUACCACACUGAGCAAAAUUCUGAGACCACUUUAUUUUAUUUUCUCCUAAGAAUUACUCUGUACCUUUAUUCCAGCUUCCAUUCUUUUCAGGAGACUCACUUUCAGUUCUUCAAAGAAUCUGCAGA